ACAAUCCUCUGCGCUCACAUAAGUGAUGUCACCUGACAAUAAAGAGGGGAGGGUGUGCUAAUGUUUACAACCGUCGGGCUGUCAAUAAUCGUAUCGUACAAACUGUGAUUUAGUCGAUUUUUCAGCAGCACAUGGGGGAAAAAAACUAAAACUAAAUGACUCCUGCACGCUUUCAGGUUUUCGUUAACUGAGUCGUCUGGUUGAUCUUGGCUCACUGUGUUUCACAGUGGAUCUGAGCCGGCAUCUGGGAACAACAUUUCAGAGUGUACAUUUUGCUGGUAAACAGAUUUCUUUCCAGUGUCCUGAUGGAGUGGGUGUUCAUCAUGAACCGGAUGAGCUCUCAGGGCAGCUCUGCAGCCCAGCGGAGGCGGAUGGCUCUGGGCGUGGUGAUACUCCUGCUGGUGGAUGUCAUCUGGGUAGCCUCCUCUGAGCUAACCUCAUACAUUUUCAAGCGACAGGAGUACAACAAACCCUUUUUCAGCACAUUCACCAAGACCUCCAUGUUUGUGCUCUAUUUGCUGGGUUUCCUGCUGUGGCGACCUUGGAGGCAGCAGUGCACUGGCACUCUGAAACGCCGACACUCUGCGUUUUUUGCUGAUGCUGAGGCCUACUUUGCACCCUGCACCACUGACACCACUGUGAGCAACAGUUUGAGUGAACCGCUGUAUGUUCCAGUCAAGUUUCAGGACGUACCUGCCGAGCAUCCAAACUGUUUAAUCGGAGACUGUGAAUCUGUGUCAGCUUCCAAAAAGCAGCGGGUGCGUUUUAGUAACAUCAUGGAGGUGCGUCAGCUGCCCUCCACCCAAGCCCUGGAGGCCAAACUGUCCCGCAUGUCCUACCCAGCUGCCAAGGACCACGAGGCCAUGCUGCGUACAGUGGGCAAGCUAACCAUCACUGAUGUGGCCAAAAUCAGCUUCUUCUUCUGUUUUGUGUGGUUCCUGGCUAACCUGUCCUAUCAGGAAGCGCUGUCCGACACGCAGGUUGCCAUUGUCAACAUUCUGUCAUCCACCUCAGGCCUGUUUACGCUCAUCUUAGCAGCCAUAUUUCCCAGCAACAGCAGCGACCGUUUCACCUUGUCCAAACUGUUAGCUGUGGCUCUGAGUAUGGGAGGUGUCGCCCUCGUGAGUUUCUCCAGCAUGGACAACCCUGAUGAGAAAGGCGUCAUAGGUUCCUUGUGGUCGCUGGCGGGGGCGAUGCUGUACGCUGUGUACAUCGUAAUGAUCAAGAGACGAGUGGAUCGGGAGGAUAAGCUUGACAUUCCCAUGUUCUUUGGGUUUGUGGGUCUGUUCAACCUGCUGCUGCUGUGGCCUGGCUUCCUCCUGCUCCACUACACGGGCUUCGAGGCCUUUGAACUUCCCAGCCAGCUGGUGUGGUCGUACAUCCUCAUUAACGGCCUGAUUGGAACUGUUCUCUCAGAGUUCCUGUGGCUCUGGGGCUGUUUCCUCACAUCAUCUCUAAUUGGGACUCUGGCACUGAGCCUCACCAUCCCACUCUCUAUUAUGGCAGAUAUUUGCAUGCAGAAGGUGCGUUUCUCGUGGCUUUUUUUUGCCGGGGCGGUCCCUGUCUUCCUUUCCUUCUUCAUCGCCACCCUUUUAUGUCACUACAACAACUGGGACCCCGUCCUGGUGGGGCUGAGGAGAUUAUACGUCUUCAUUUGCAGGAAACAUCGCAUUCACAGACUGCCAGAAGACAACGAGCAGUGCGAAAGCCUUAUUCCUCUACACACCGUCUCCCCCAGCGAAGGAAGCUUCUGUUCGUGAUCCAACAGUCAAACAAAGUGAUGAAUGUGGAUCUUGCUGAGCAGACAAUCUGGAAGCUUUCAGAGACGUUGAACUACCCCAGUGCCUCAUAUUGAAUCUAUUUAUUUUCUACAGUGUUGAGAUGACGCAUCCAUUUCUACAAGUUCACUUUUAUUUUCACAUUUCGCAGACUGAGAUUCUGUUUGUUGAUGUUUUUCUGUGUAAACAACAAAAACACUUUAUGGUGCUCAAGGUGCUGGACAUUAUUAGUGAUUACUAUUGUGUCGUGUGACCAAGUGAAACGGUACAUGUUGAAGUUGAUUAUAACACUAACAGGGGGCCGAGUAUGUGUGUUUCUUUAGUUUGUUAUGUUUGUCUAUAGGCCUUUUGAAGCCUUGCUGCUUGUUUGUAAGUGCAUGUGUGAAGCAGACACAUUUCCACAAAUAACCAUCUGCCAGUAGGUGAAAAGGUUGUUUUUGAUUUAUCUGCCUUGGACGGAGUAAGCCUGCUUUUCCAGUCACAGGACUCCUCUUUGAAUUUUAUGCUGUACUGCAGCACUUUCACUAAUUUCAACAUCUGGAUCUGUAGUGCCAUCUGGUGCAGUGUAAUAAAGGGUUCAUGUUACCAGCCUUGGCAGCUUGGCUAAGGACAGUCCUUUAGACCUCCAGGUGAUACUAACACUGUCCUGAUAGAAGUCAACAUUUUAACUUUAAUUUCCUCUUGUAAGUCAGACACGAAAAAAAAACAAAAACGAAAACACACUACAGCUAAACAAGAAAGCGCCACAUCCGUCGCAUCAACACCUUUCUUGUUCGCUGCUGUACCUCUGACAGAGCUGGAUCAUGAAGACAAACUGUGAUAGUGACAUGAUCUUUGUGUUUGAACAUGAACUGAUAGAAAGUCCUCUGCUAUAAGCUACAAAAUGCCUUGCUGCAAUAACGGUUGUCUGCUCGUAGGAGCAGCGUAUUUCCUUUUAGAAACAAGUGUAAAUACUGUACACAAUGACACAUUUAACAGAGUAUUGAUGUUUUGUUUGUGAAAUUCAUAUGACCACUACAGAUUCCUAUUCUGAGAUUUUAUAUUUUAUGUAUCAUUGUAAAUGAUUACUGCCAGCCUGUAUAACAGCCAGAUUCUCUUUUACUUGCAACUGAUUGGACGGUUGUUCAUUAUCCUUUUUUUUUCCCCUUAAGCCAGAAAUUAUUCAUUUACUGUGUUUGUAGUGUUGUAGUUCUCGAGAUGGGCCUUGGUCUUGGACUCAAGACCACUUUUUAAAGGCCUCAGCCCCGUCUCAGUCUCAGACAAAAAGGACUGGAUUUUAGUUUAAGACCAGUCAAGAGCACAACAGUAGGGAUGUCAAGUUAUUUGUUAACUGUCUGGGGGAGAUAUCAGCCAAAUCUUCUCGAAUUAAAUUUCGGUUUCUUAAACCACAAAGAGUUCAUCUGCGACGCAGCAGUAUGUAAAUACUCCAAGGCGACGCUUAAUGAGGUGACUUAAUGUAGCAAUCACACUUCACCCAAAGAGUUUUCAUGACUAUUAGCUACCUAAGUAUGCUGUCCUUGACUAGGUCUUACAAUACCUUGGUAUUCCUGCUGACUUGGUCUCAACCCCUUAAAGUCUUGGUCUUGUCUUGGUCUCAAUACACUCUGGUCUUGGUCAUGACUUGGUUUCGUUUUGGUUGGUCUUGACUACAACACUGUGUGUUGGUGAUUUCAUGCGAUGAGAAAAGAACAUUUCUUUUAGCAACCUCGGGGUCUGUCAUGUCACCCAGGAUGUAAACAGUAUAGUUGAAGGUGAAAUAUAAAUGUUAUUCCACUCAUCCAGUUAAAUGUCAGAUGUUUGUACAUCUUUAUGGAGUGUUUUUAUUGCGCUCAACAUUUAUGGGGCGUAUGAAGUGGAGGAAGAGAUAAACGGCCUGUGUAAGGGUUAAUGAAUGGGUUGAGCACUUUAAGUAACAUAUAAACUUCUUCAUGUUCAUUAUUGCCAAUCAGUCCAUCUUGUGUAUGUAAGUAUGACAGCUUUUUUAGGAUGAUUAGUGUACAAAGAGGUAAUUUUUCUCAUGCUGUCUCAGUGUUUUGUUUUUAUUUUUCAUCUUUUAUCAAUGGUGCUUGUUGAAUCUGUAUGUUAUUUUUACACAAUUAUCUUUUUUUCUUUCUCAGGUUCUUUGUCUUGUUUUUCAUAUCUGAUCAUAUCUGAUUUCUUUGUCUUUUAAAUGUCAUUAAUGAAAAUGUUAUAAGAUUUAAAAGAAGGCCAGGAAAGACUGUAAUAGUAACUUUCCUUUUAUCAACCUCUUGAAUUAUCCUUUUACCUUUUGCAAGUCUGUUUUCAUACUUAAACUGCACUAUUAAAAUAUAUCUUUUUAAAUCUCUA